UGUUAGUCAUCUUUUAAACGGUGAUCCGAUUGCACACCUUCGCGGAUUAUUAGCUAACGGAUAUAGUUGAAAACGGUUGAAAAUAUUCAAAAAGAAUAAAGAAAAGUUUGUUCUGCGGAGAGUUAUUCUGUUUUGGUGAUUUAUUAUAAUAGUGUUUCGGGCGUCAAAAGUGUAAAAUUUAAUAAAGCAAACAGUUGAAGUGUUAAAUAUUGAAAGAUUGUUGCUUAAAGGCUUCUGUGUGCACACCACAACAGUUGCGGUGUAUCUACUUACAAGUGAUCUAUUUAUUUUCACACGGGAACGGAAUUACAACCCUUUGAUACACCGUCACAUGUGUGUGAGUGUGUGCGAAAUUAACACACGAUUUUAACAUAAAAGGAAAACAAGUGGUCGUUUGUGCAUAUUUAUUAAAGUGUCGUAACUGGUAAUAAAAACGUGCUUAAGCACCAACAUAAAGUAUUCAUAAAUCUUUGCUUGUGAUAAUAAAAAAUAGUAUAUUGGACCUGUGAUUCAAAAAUAUUGCCGGAUACACCUGCAAUGAAGAUUUGUGAUAUAGUAAAAGAGUAAAUCAUUAUAGCGACAUGUCGGUGAAUGAUCAAGUGAAUUUUGUCAACGGACAGCUUUUGUUAGCCAAUUACAAUACGAGCGUCGGUCAUAGUAAUGGUUAUGGUAAUGGAACGGUGGUCAAUUUAGCCAACGACAGUACAUUCAUGACCAAUUUGUCAUCGGCAAAUGAAUCGCAAAAACGGGACUUUGUUUUCGAUCGGACUGAUGUUAGAGUGCUGUUCAUCACCCUAUAUUCGCUGGUAUUUUGUUGCUGUUUUUUUGGAAAUCUACUCGUCAUAUUAGUUGUGACGCUGUCGAGAAGACUGAGAUCUAUUACAAAUUUCUUUUUGGCGAAUUUAGCUGUGGCUGAUUUAUGUGUAGGAGUUUUUUGUGUUAUGCAAAAUUUGUCAAUUUAUUUGAUUGACAGCUGGGUCUUUGGCGAAUUUCUCUGCAAAAUGUACCAGUUUGUACAUUCAUUGAGUUACACAGCAUCCAUUUUUAUAUUAGUUGUUAUCUGUAUGGAGAGAUACUUUGCAAUUAUCCAUCCAAUCACAUGCAAACAGAUUUUAACGCCGAAAAGAUUAAGGCUUGUAAUUGUCGUGGUAUGGAUAAAAUCAGCAGUGUAUUCGACGCCGAAAUUUAUUUUUAGUCGAACUAUAACCAAUAUACAUACGAGCAACGAAAUCAGCGAGGAAAUCUGUGUACUGGAUCGCAAUCAAUUCAAUUCGAAGUUGCUUGAUUUCAUCAAUUUUGCAUUGCUGUACGUACUACCACUGCUGGUUAUGACGAUUCUUUAUAGUCGCAUCGCGAUAGCGCUGUGGAAAAGCUCCCGAGGACUUGAUCGGCACAUUGCUAUGCAAAAUACAUCAACUAGUUCGCCAUCAAACCAUUUUGUACGACAUCCGAGCAGCAAAUAUGAAAAACGUGCGGCUGGCGUUACGGAAAGCCAGGUCUCUGUUGAUUCAGACAAAGUUGUGGUGACAACCACUUGGCGAACGCAGAGCUUUCAUCAACGGCAUGGCACUCAACUGGCUCAAAUAUCCCAUUCGUCAAACAAUGUGCUGCGAGCUCGACGAGGUGUCAUCCGAAUGCUAAUCAUCGUCGUCUUGACCUUUGCUCUGUGCAACCUACCGUAUCACGCACGGAAGAUGUGGCAAUAUUGGUCCCAUACAUACAAAGGCGACUCAAACUAUUCGGCACUGUUUACACCACUCACAUUUCUGGUUACAUAUUUCAAUUCCGGUGUGAAUCCACUACUCUAUGCAUUUCUGAGCCGAAACUUUCGCAAGGGCAUGAGAGAGUUGAUAAUGUGCACAUUCAAAAAGGGCAAAAAUAAAUCUUCUCAGCAACGAAUUCCGCUACAUAACCAUUCUUUACCGACCGACACCACUCAUGUAGGAAAUCAUCUGUGAUGCUGUUAGAUUUGUUCGUAUGCUCCAUGGAGGGUGAUCCCCUAUAUUGAUGAAGUGUUGUGACGGCCGAUUGAUUGGUGACUGAUUGGACUAAAGUUAUUUAAAAAAAAAUUGAGGAAAUUUUUUUAAGCAUUUUGUGCAAAAUGUAAAAUUUUGGAAUAAAAACCAAAUUUUUUGAAUUUUGGGGGAGAAGCAGAAUUUUGCAAUGAACUCUUUUUACUACAGUGAUAAUUAGUAGAAGUUAAGUUGUAAGUUUAUUGAUGCUCAGAUGAGAAUAAAACCAAAAAUUGUCUGUAAAAAAUAUUUAGCCCAGAAUUGCUACAAUAAAACAACAAGUAAACAAGUAACAAGGGCUUAAAAGUCUUCAAAAUAAAUAUUUUAAGAUUGAAUUAUAUUGAAAAUUGAAAACCACAGAAAAGCAUCCUAAACAUACAAAACAGUAUUAUAUCCAUGAGAAGUAUUAGACGACCAAAAAUAAUAUUGAUGAAAAUAGCUCAAUAGUCAUUUUGGCAGAAGAACUUUUUUAGGUUUUAUAGAAGGUUUUACAAAAAGUUUCCGAAAGGAUUGACAGAGACUCUUUUAGUAUGUUUAUGAUGCUUUCACCGAAGUGGUCGAAACGAUCAUUGCAUCUCCGACUCUUGAGAUUCGCCACUCCAAUAGAAAAGCCCCUUACGUGCUUCCACAGUUCCAAAGUAUCCCCAAAAAAAUCAUUCAAUCUGUUAUUUGCUCUGGAUGUUACAGAAUCAUCUCACAUGCGUCCACAUCUCUGCUUUUCCAUCUAUGUUUUUGAACGCCCUGCCCUUGCGUUCACAUUUCUAUAUAUUCAAGCCUUCUUAUCCCCUAGGUCUUCUUAUCUUUUUCAACUAAUCGUUUCCAGUUUAUUCGAAAUUCUCUCGGUUUCGCGUCGUUAUGGCAAGGAAAAUUGAACUUUUCAUCACUCCAUACAAAAUGUUUUAUUUUUGUCAACGUUUUUUCUGGCACAUAGUGUAGUACUUGUACAAGUAGAUGCAAAGUCAACGAAGUCAGACAGUCACUUUUGAAAAAAAUUUCGCGUUUCGAGCGUUUGAAGCGCUUGAAUUAAUUUUUUAUAAAUCUGUCGCAAGUUAUGGAUGUUCUGAAAAUUAAAUCAGUUUAGGUGAUUUUGAAUUUUUCUUCAAUCAGAAUGGAGUGACGAACAAUCGGAGAUGCAGUGAAUAUCGAUUAGAAUAUUUAAAUAUCGUGAAAUAUUCUCUCAAUAAAAUCUAUAUUUUAUAUUAACUUAAAAAUAAAUCUAAAAAUUUAUCUUAAAAAUAUAAAAAUUUAAAAAAAACUUAAGCGUAAAUGUAAGUGAGUUAAGAUAACAGAGUUUAUGUACAGUUUGUUAAGACUAUAUAAAUUAAGUGCUUUUUACAAAUUUCGUUUUGUAAAAGAUAAUUUUUAUAUUACUUUCGGCAAAAAAAAUUGUCAGGGUCAGGGGCCGACGAAAUAAAUUUCUUGAAAUAAGCCCUGCAAUAAGUACAGUCAU